AUGUUCGGCUCAACACCAUCACCAUCAUCCUCAAGAAAGGGCAAAUGCCCCCGCGAGGCAAUGCACACCCGCAAGCCCUCCCUCUCCAACUCCAUCUCCAGCAACGACUCCUCCUCGACACAAUCAACCCGCUCCUCAGGCAGCACAAUCCGCCACACCCGCAGGCUCGACUUCGACCCCCUCUCGCUGCACCCGACCUUCCAACCACCACCAGGCCGCCUCUUCGAGCGCCCCCUCAUCCACAACUCCCAGGCCAUCGAAGACGCCGUCCUCGACUCCUACUUCUCCUCCCAGGAGGCCGCCCUCGCGGAACACCAGCAAAAGACCAAGGCCGCCUUCGCCGCCGCCGUGCCCAGCAUGCCCCAGCCGCCCGUCGACUCCCCGCGCACCCCGAUCGACCAGCAGCGCUCCCGCGAGCACGCCGCCGAGGGCGACGACUACUUCCUCUUCAAGGUGCAGCAGCACAUCGCCGCUACGCGCCCGCAGCUGCCGCGCUCCCACUGGUCCGAGUCCACCGUCCAGACGCUCGACAUGUCCUCGCCCGAUGAGGAGGACGACGACGUCGACGCCGACGGGGACGGCAGCAUCGUCGACGAGGAGCGCCCCGUAAGAGAGUCUCGGUGGCAGAACUUUUCCCACAAGAGGAACUCGCCGCCCAAGCGCCCGCAGAUGAAGUCCCUGGACAGCGUGGAGGACUUCCUCAAGCGCGGCGGGUGGAAGAGGCGGGGCAUCGUCUUCGACGGCGAGAGCACCCGGCAUUCCGACCCCAGCUUGUUCUAA